UUCCUAACAAUUUUCAGCUCUAUCUGUAUCAUUUUGGCUUUACCCCUUUAUUUCGCUUAACUACGUACUCGUGUGACAUUGUACUACGUGUGAUUAAAUGGGAAUUGUCUACACAUUUCUCUAUACAAAGUCAGUUCUCCGCGAAGAGCCAAACGGAUACAUUGAUCGUGAAAUUUUAAGACGCAAUUUCUAUUUUAUUUAAAUACUAUAAUUAUUGGCAAAACAAGGAUAAUGAAGUAUCACAAACACGCCAGUGAUGCCGUGUUUUGGUAUCUGAACGAAUUGGGGAGUCGAGUGGUCGCUAAAACUGGUAUACCCUCAGACAGACAGCAUCUUGGAAAACUUAUCCUGCAGAGCCUUAAAGAUGCUCCCGACUUCGUUAUGCAGGUCGAUGGUGGUACAGGUAAAUCUGACACAUUUCAAGAUGCACUAGAAAGGUCUGUCGCUUGCGCGAACGCUUUCCGAGCGAUAGGAUUGAAAGCCGAUGACGUCAUAGUCUUAAUGGCUCCCAACCAUAAUGACUUGGCCAUAUCUGCAUACGCUGCUCUAUAUUUAGGGCUAAUUGUAGCCGGUGUGGAUAUGACACUUGGAAUCAAGGAACUUGAAGAUGCUUUUACAAUAACAUCACCUAAAGUAAUAUUUUGUGAAAGUGAAAAAGCGCAAGAUGUCGCGGAAGCAUGUCGCAACUUAAAAUUAUAUGCCAGAAUUGUUACGUUCAGUAAUGGAGGAAAAUAUAACAGCUUUUCAGAAUUCCUUGCAAAAUAUGGGAACAAUUCAUCAGUAGAAGAAUUCAAAGCUGCUGAUCUUGAUCCAGAGAAGAGUUCGUGUUGGUUGCUUUCAACUAGCGGAACAACAGGAGCACCAAAAUAUGCUACACUGACGCAUACAAAUAUUAUAAUGGGAUUUCCCAAUUUAUGGAUCAUGAGCUCUACGUUCCCCACACCAGUUAGGAGUGCUCUAGUUACUUCUCCUGUCCAAUGGUUGUCUGCGAUAUUUACAUUAAUUUUAUCGCCGAUUUUAAGAUUCACUCGAAUUCAAUCCUCUUUGAAUGUCACAAGGGAACAUGCGUAUUACUUAAUUAACAAAUACAAGCCAACCUACGCGAUUUUUAGUCCUCCAAUGGCAACUACUCUCACGAAGCCUGAAGAAUGUGAUAAAUGUGACUUCUCAUGUUUUAAGACGUUGUUGCUAGGAGGUAGUGCCGUGUUGCAAACUCUCUUGGAAAAUGUAAAGAAAAUUGCGACUGAAGCUGAGGUGUACGUGGUAUAUGGCUUCAGUGAAAUAGGAAGUUUUGCUUUUAAUUUUGUUUCACCUCCCCCAGGCUCUGUGGGUAGACCUUUGGCAUAUCUACAACAUAGAUUAAUCGAUCCUGAUACUCAAGAAGAUAUAUUGGAGCCAAAUAAAACUGGAGAGUUGUGGGUGAAAGGACCAGUUAUAUUCAAAGGAUAUUACAAAAACCCUGAGGCAACGGCAGAAACAUUUUUGAAUGAUGGAUGGAUAAAGUCAGGUGAUCUUUUCUAUAGAGACGAAAACUGGAACUACUUCUUUGUGGAUCGCUUGAAGAUGCUUCUCAAAUAUCGCAAUCAUCAAAUAUCGCCUACGGAAAUAGAAUCAGUCAUUAUCAAGCAUCCAGGUGUGCUAGAUGUAGCAGUUACAGGCAUCCCAGACAAUGACUGUGGAGACCUAGCAGUCGCCUGUGUGGUGCCCCAAGCCAACUGUACAGUGACUGCACAGGAGAUAAAAGAUUUGGUUAAAGAAUCAUUAACGGACAUGAAACAGCUGAGAGGGGGAGUUAUUUUCAUGAAACAACUUCCUUUGACUUCAACUUCCAAAGUGAACAGAGCCGUGCUGAAGAAGAUUGUUAGAGAUAUGAAGAGAGAAUAAGUAGUUAAUACCUGUGCAAUAACAAAAGAAGAUUAAGGAAACAUGUUUAGAUAUUAUAUAUUAUAGGUUAUUUCU